GUUGCUUGCUCCUUUCCAAUCUAUUGCUUUGCUUCAGCUCUCUGUUCUGUUUUUUCUGUGAUCUUUGCUGGCCGGACCCACUGAGUCCGACGUAACGGCUCCACGAACACGCUAUGGUUCUAGGCUCCCCCUCUUCAUCCCUCGCUGCGAAACUUGUUUUCUGGUCUGGGGACGACUCCGACCACGCCCCCAGUGGCACAGAAGCUCGAGAUGAUGGGCACGCGGAAAUCGACGCUCACGCGCACAAGGGACAGUCUAUGUACGUGACUAUAUUCGAAGACAUGUUGAUGGAAGUCCUCACGAGCGAGGCUCACCUGUUUCAGCGAGAUGAGCUUGACUGUUUCAUGGCAUGGCAUAGGCUUUCCUACGACGCGAAGUAUCUGUUCUGUCGCCUCUGUCUGCGCAAGACGGACAAGUGGCACAGGCUCAGUUCCCUCAAAUACGAGCAGGAACUCGGCCAGAAUGGAAUCCUAGCAGCCAUUGAACUCCUCUGUCGAGGCAAGAAGGGCGAACAGAGGGAGCCUGAGGACGUGAAGCCCAAGCUAGAGGACCUUAACCCCAACAUCCCCGAUCUAACCCCGCCCUUCAAGGUCAAGGUCGAGGAAGAGGACGUGAAGCCCAAACUAGAGCCCACUGAGGUUUUGCUCCCGACAGAAGCAUCGGGGCCUAGGCAGUCUGGUCCCGAGAUCAUUGAUUUAACUAUGGAUGAAGACGACGAGCCCCCACAAGCUGGGCCAUCGCGCUUGAGCCCUGCAAUCGACUCACCAACAUCUGUAUUCGCGGACGACGAGGAGCAGGCAGAUAUCUUCGAGCUGCUCGAUUGCCUCACCACCCCCGAGCUUGAAACUCUGACUCAGCAGCUCAAGCUCAAGCCCAAAGGCGCCAAGAAGCGUGACACACUCAUUGACGCCAUCCUGCGCGGGUCAGCCACCCAAAGCACUCUCCAGUUUACAAGGUCGAAGAAGGGCAAGGAGUCGAUGCUGCAGACAAAACUGCCGUUCGCCAUAAAGCAGACGCAGAAGUCCCUACAACAGUCCACGCUCCCAUACAAUCGGCAAACCCAGCUGGAGCGAGUACGCUAUAUCGUCACGAACAAGCUCAAGAAAUGCAUCCGUCUCAACUCCGACGUCGUCGCGCUCUUCCGCCGCGCCAACCUCGUGUACUUCCGGAGCACCCAGUACACGGGCGAACUCCUCACCCCCGCCCUCCUCGCGCGCGCGAAGAAGCGCGAGUACGCGGCGUACGAGUUUAUGCGCACGCGCGACAUUUGGCCCGCGCGCGAGGACCUCCUCGCAUACGAGGAGGCGCUCGCGAUAGAAGCCGAGGUCGACGCGCUGCUCGAGGGUACCGGUUUUGGCCGCGCAACGCCGGCGAACGGGGGGCAGGAUCGGUCGACGUCGAGUCGGACGCCAGUGCCUCUGGGUGGAAACCGGUUUAGGACGCCUAUUACGCCUGGACGGCGGGCAGGCGGGGCGAUCCCGGAGUCGCCUGUGGUAGUCAAGAGUGAGCCGGACGCUGGGGAGGAAGAGACGGAGCGAGUCCGCAAUGCGCGCAAGGUGAAGGAGAUCCUUGAGCGCGUGUACCCGAAGUGGGUCGACCUCGUGCAGACGAAGGGCGAGAGGAAUCCGCGCAGGAAGGGGUUGGAGCGCUUUGACUGUGGUCAUAUCCUCACGCGCGUCGUAUGCAAGGGUGCUGCUGCCCUUGGUAUCUUGAGGGAGUACGAGGAGGAGCUCAAGGUCCUCGAGACGCUUCUAGCGCAGAAACGCUGGCGGCGCGCAAGGCGUGGUCGGUGGUACGAGCGACGUGCGCUUGUGCUCAUGACGCACUUGAAGGACGAAGAAGGCUGUCUCGAGGAGGCGCUGGAGGUCGUCAUCGCUGGGCUGAAGGACGAGGACACGCACGUAGUGUACCGGCCGAUGCUCGAGAGGCGGUUGACGCGUCUCGAGAAGAAGCUCAAGGUUCCGCUUGAAGAGUGCCACGAGUGCGAAGCUCGUCUACAGGCUGCGAUCGACGUCCAUGUUGAGGGUGUACGCAUCCGUCACCGUGCGAGUAGCCUGAGGCUCGACUCAGUAGGCCGGGUCAGAGGCUCCGAGAACCCCGAGCAGAACCUGGGCCUAUCUUGGAGCAAUCGUCGGCAACCUAGUCCUAGGAAGCCUAGGGAAGAGAAACCGGAGAAGGGCGGCAAAACAAUCUGGAAAGGCCGGGACGACGAAGAGGUUGAGGUGGAGAUCCUUGCGCUGCAGCACUACGAAAGCCAUGGGUGCAAAGGGUUCCACUGCGAAGGCCGAAUUGUGACAACGCUCUUUGGGCUGCUCUUCUGGGAGAUCAUUUUCGCCCCCAUCCCCGGCGCGUUCGAAACGCGGUACCAAGCGGCCCCCCUGGACCUCGCCGAAGACACGUUCUACUACUCACGACAGGAGCUUGUUGAAGCACGUCUCAAGGAACUCCAGCUCGGGAAAGCGCCCGAGAUACUCGAGAAGACGUACGAUGCGAACAAGGACGUCAUGUGCGUCGGUGUGCGGUGGGAUUUAUUUCAGAAGGAGGAUCUGCUCGGGAUCGUGCGGUGUCUGCAUACCAACGUUUUGGUUGCAAUAUGCCGACUGAUGUGCGAGGACUACGCGGCUCGGACGGGGGGUGUUCCUGACCUGAUCAUCUGGAAUGAGGUCGAGGGAUAUGCUAAGUUUGUCGAAGUGAAAGGGCCAGGCGAUACGCUGCAGGAGAACCAGAAGGUGUGGAUCGACGUUCUGCUGCAGGCAGGCACGCCUGUAGAGGUAUGCCACAUCUAUGAGCAAGGCGACGAGCCCAAGGGCAAGAAGGGCAAGACACCGAAGAAAGUGCAGGCAGAGAAAAAGGCCGGACAGAAGCGCAAGCGCGACGACUGGCUCGUUGAGUCGGAAGAAGAGGAGGUCGACUACUCGCAGCUGGACAGGCAUACGGAAGACGAGGCGGAGGAGGAGGCGGUGGCUGGGCCGUCCAAGAAGCGAAGGACCCGGGCCAAAGUGGACGAGCCGGACUCGCCGACCCCGCGGAGGAUGGCGAGGAUUAAUAGCCAAGUCGAGGUCGUCAUCACGAGCACUCCUGCAUCAAGACAUGCGAGUGCCUCUCCUUCGAAAUCCAAAGGGUCGCCGUCCAAGAGGUGAGGAUCAUCGGGAGGCAAGAGCUAGCUUGAGGAGCCGAGCCUUCUGCUUAUCACUUAGACUGCUAAGUUAUGGCUAUUUAUCGAUGUAUAAGUACUGCUCUAUUCUUGCCGUUGGAUCAAGGCGCUUCUCGUUUGUAUCAGCAGGGUCUGUACAUAGGUUCGCAGGGGCACUUAGCCGGCAAACGUAAAGGAUGGGACUCGAAUUCGAAAC